AUGGAAACCCUGCCAUUCAUCUUACUUGGUUUGCAGACCACUUUCAAGGAAGACCUUAAAGGCUUAGUGGCCGAGUUCGUCUACGGCCAGUCCCUUACAUUGCCAGGCGAACUUGUUGCUUCUACUCCAGCCACUAAACCGUCCGAACUGCAGUCCUUGGUAGAACGGGUGAUGUUACACUGUAACAAGCUUCAACCCCUGCCCCCUUCCAGCCACACUCCGCUGCACACAUAUGUUCCCAAGGCACUCGACACUUGCAAAUUUGUGUUCCUUCACGACGACACUGUAAAAGCCCCGUUACAGCCCCCUUACACAGGCCUGUACAGAGUUGUCAAGCAAACCAGUAACACAAUGGACAUCAUAAUUAAGGGCUCAGUAACUACUGUCUCCCUCAGCAGGGCUAAACCUGCUCACGUCAAGUUUUCCCCUACCUCACCCACCAUUGAAGAGACCACGCUCUCUGGCCACCCUCGGCCUUCUUCCUCUGCUCAUGAUUUGAGUAAACUCACACCUACACCGGCCCUGUCAAUGAGCCCACACUUAUUCCCGGAGUUUUCCACCUCCCAGCUCCCAUAG